AUGAUAGGACGGCAUGCUUCGGAGUUGGAAGAGGGUUUCUCUGUCGCUGUCUCUUCUAAUAAAGUGAGUAACCAGCUCAUGGACUUCCAGUACAAUUACCCAACACUUCAUACCACCUCUUUGUCUUUCUACUCACAGCAGGACAUUGCUGCUGAGCUUAACCGUUUUGGCUUCCUUGCUCUCCUCCGUCCUCCGAAACACUUUUUGAAACCAACAUCUACAUCAACUAACCCAAGUAUGAUUAAUUCUAUAGGCUCGCCUACUCAUACCUCUGCAUCGCACGCAGAUCGUAACUAUGCAUCUGAUAUAGAUCAUCAACCUGUGAGGUUUGUUCAUAGAAUUUCUGAGGCAGGCAGGCUUCUACCUUCAGCAAGCCAAUGGAACUCAAUUGAACUUGACUUUCAUCUUGCUCCGCAAUCAAACACUACCUACGAUUCACUUCCCUCUCGAUACUCUAAAUCCUUCGACUACGAACUUGUUAUAACAGAUAAGAGAUACUUCAAGCGCUUUGUUUAUGUCUCCAUCUUCAUAGUUUUUGUUGUCCUAGCAAUUGUUCUACUAGUGCAGUUUCUGCGUCAUAAGCACAAGCACCAUGGAAAAUCAAAGAAUAUCACGCUCGCAUUAAACCAAGCUUUGAUGUUCUUCGAUGCUCAAAAGUCUGGGAAUUAUCCAAGCAAUAGUCCUGUCAAAUUUCGAGGAAGUUCAGGGUUGCAAGAUGGGAAUACGAGUAAUCCACCUGCAGACCUCAAGGGCGGCUUUUAUGAUUCCGGAAAAAAUAUAAAGUUUAGUUUCCCCACAGCCUAUACCAUUACCCUCUUGAGCUGGACUGUCAUUGAAUAUCAUGAUAAAUAUGAUAGCAUAGGUGAGCUUGAUCAUGUCAAGGACAUUAUCAGAUGGGGCAGUGAUUACUUGCUAAAAAUCUUUGAUCCUCCAAAUUCAACUACAGCUCCCAUAAUAAUAUAUUCUCAGGUUGGAAGUAAUCAUACAAACGGUUAUAAUGAUGUAACCUGCUGGCAAAGACCAGAAGACAUGAACUAUACGAGACCUGUUUCAGCUUGCAAUGAAACAGCUUCUGAUCUAGCAGGAGAAAUUAUGGCAGCAUUAUCGGCAGCAUCAAUAGUUUUCAAAGAAGACACUGGUUACUCAAUAAAACUAAUCCAGUCAGCAGAGAAGUUAUUUGAGGUUGCGACGAAGAAUGACACGGGUCACCAUCAAGGCACUUACACUGCGGUUGAAGAUUGUGGAGGAGAGGCAAGAAUGUAUUAUGAUUCAUCUGGUUACCGAGAUGAAUUGAUAUGGGGAGGAACUUGGUUAUUCUUUGCUACUGGAAAUACUUCUUAUCUUGGAUAUGCUACUAGUAAUUUUAGUGCAGCAGAGGCAGAAGAAACAGCGUCAGAGCAAGGUGUUUUCUAUUGGAACAACAAGCUUACUGCUAAUGCGGUCUUGCUGACAAGACUUCGAUACUUUCAUGACCUUGGCUAUCCCUUCGAAGUUGGUUUAGGAUCUUCUUCGAAUAAGAUUGAUCUGCUCAUUUGUUCUUAUCUUUCUCGAGAAAUCUACAGCAGGACACCAGGUGGGUUGAUACUCCUGAGGCCAGAUCAUGGUGAACCACUCCAGUUUGCUGCGACAGCAUCUUUCCUCGGAAAAUUAUACAGUGACUACCUUGAACUUCUACGUAGAUCAGGUGUAAGUUGCAGCAGUGAGUUUUACUCUGUGGAGAUGUUGCGAGAAUUCUCCAUCUCUCAGGUUAAUUACAUAUUAGGAGAUAAUCCAAUGAAGAUGAGCUACAUGGUUGGCUUUGGAAACAAAUAUCCAACCCAUGUCCAUCACAGGGCUGCAUCAAUCCCUUGGGAUGAUCAGCAUUAUUCUUGUCCAGAGGGAGAUAGAUGGUUAUACUCUACGGAUCCAAAUCCAAAUAUUCUUUAUGGAGCCAUGGUUGCAGGGCCAGACAAGUUUGACAAUUUUUUGGAUGACAGGGACAAGCCAUGGUUCACCGAGCCAACCAUAGCGAGGAAUGCAGGUCUAGUUGCAGCACUUAUAGCGCUUCAUGAUCCACCAUACAAGUCUUCUGAUUCAAACGGCACUAAUCUGGGAAUUGACCUGACUGGUAUCUUUAAAAACCUUCAAUUAGUUCCACCAGCACUUCUGCCAAUUGUCAGUUUGUUGCGUAGGAUAGGAAGUCCCUUGCUUGUUCUAUGCUCAGCCCAAGCUCUGAUACAAACCGCUGAAGCACUAAUGAGAGUGGCAGAGGAGGAAGAGGCCACAGCAUCUUUUGUUGAGAUUGUUAUGGCUACAACUUUUGGGAUUAAGAGCACUGCCUGA